UUAGCCCCUAACUAAUUGCAACUCAUUGCACUGAUUAGCAUACAAAUCAAUGUCUUCUUCUUCUUCAACAACUUAUUCCUUGCCAUUGGCAAUCACAUUUGUACUCUUAAUGCUAUAUGUAUCCAAUGCUCAAUUGAACACUACAUUUUACUCUUCCACAUGCCCAAAUGUGACCACUAUUGUCCGCAGUGUGGUUCAACAAGCUUUGCAAUCUGACUCCAGGAUUGGAGCUAGCCUUAUUCGUCUUCAUUUCCACGAUUGCUUUGUCAACGGAUGUGAUGCUUCAAUCUUGCUAGACAAGGGUGGGAGCAUACAGCUGAGUGAGAAAGAUGCAGCCCCAAACACCAACUCCACUCGAGGCUUUGAUGUUGUUGACAACAUCAAGACUGCUGUGGAAAAUUCUUGCCCUGCUGUAGUAUCUUGUGCUGACAUUCUGGCCCUUGCUGCUGAAGCUUCUGUUUCUUUGUCAGGAGGUAUUUCAUGGAAUGUAUUACUGGGGAGAAGAGACAGUCUAACUGCAAACCAAGCUGGAGCCAACACCUCUAUUCCCUCUCCUUUUGAAGGCUUAGCCAACAUUACCUCCAAGUUUUCUGCUGUUGGCCUAAACACCAACGAUCUUGUUGCAUUAUCUGGUGCACAUACAUUUGGGCGAGCUCAAUGUCAAAGAUUUAGCAACCGAUUGUACAAUUUCAAUGGCACUGGCAAUCCUGACCCAACUUUGAACUCUUCCUACUUGACCACUCUCCAGCAAACAUGUCCACAGAAUGGGAGUGGAACAGCUUUGGCCAACUUAGACCCCACAACUCCGGAUAGCUUUGACAAUAGCUACUUCAGCAACUUGCAGAACAAUCAAGGUCUUCUGCAAUCAGAUCAGGAGUUGUUUUCGACGACCGGGGCUGCAACAGUUUCUAUUGUUAAUAGCUUUAGCAGCAACCAGAGUGCCUUCUUUCAGAGCUUUGCUCAGUCAAUGAUCAACAUGGGAAAUAUUAGUCCAUUGGUGGGAAGUAAUGGGGAGAUUAGGUUGGAUUGUAAGAAGGUCAAUGGAGGUUAAAGUGAUGAACAUGAGUGGAACACAGCUAGGUCCAAUAAUUAAGUCAUCUUUGAUCAACGUUUUUAUGUCAACAACUAGAAAGAUCUUUAGUUUAUUUGGUAAUAUUCGCUUUUUUUGCUUUUGGUUUUUAGUUAAAGAGAGAGGACAGAGGGUGACAGAGACUAGACAUUAAAGAAGUGAAGGAGGGAUGCAAGAAAAUGUAUACAUUGUUGUAAAUGCAUGAGUUGGUGGAUGACCACCAUACCUCUUAAUAUUCCACCGUUGGAUUUUAUGUAA